AGCAACAGCAGCAGCUCCCACAGUUGCAGCAACAGCAACAAUUACCACAAUUACAGCAACAGCAGCAGCUCCCACAGUUGCAGCAACAGCAACAACUACCACAGCAGCAACAAAUGGUCGGUUCAGGAAUGAACCCAGCUUAUGUUCAAGGUCCAGGCAGGUCACAAUUAGUUUCUCAAGGGCAAGUUCCAUCACAGGGUCCACCUAACAUGCCCGGUGGAGGCUUUAUGAGUUAAUUAACCUUACCGGGGAAAACGGGUGAAAGCCUAUAAAAAAUCUCAAUAAUUUUGUAGGCUUGACAUUAACUACAGGCUUUGUUUUAUCAGAUGUAAUUAUCUGGUAUCAUUUGCAUUUCUGUUAGUAUGAUCGGAGAUACUGUUUACUGAAUCUAUAUGACUAGGAAUUUAUCUAUAGAUGGCCCCUAUUGAUUGUGAAAUUGCACUUU